AUGGCCAAUCACCUACUUGUUUGUUCUAUCGGAAACCCUGCGCCGUACAAAAACACACUUCACAGUGCGGGCCAUACAGUUUUGAUGAACAUUGCGCGCACCCUUGGCUACACAUUUCAGAAAGCGCGCGACGGCUCCGUAGCCAUUGGUACUGAAUAUAUCUUAUGGCAGAGCAAUGUCUUCAUGAAUGUCUCCGGGCCAGCAAUUGCAAAAGCACAUCAGCAGUACCGGGGACGAUUAGUCGUGUUGCAUGACGACAUGGAAUUGCGGCUCGGCCAGGUACGCGUCGCGUCAGGUCAAGCCAGCGCGAAGGGUCACAACGGCCUAAAAAGCAUUAAAAGCGUCAAAACUAGCGACUAUAUGCGCAUCGGCAUAGGAAUCGGAAGACCCAUCAGCCGGGAGCGCGAUGAAGUGGCGGCGUAUGUCUUGAGAAUGAUGCAGCCUCAUGAAAGAACUAAGAUUGAAGAAUGUACUGGUCAAGUUUUAAAAGAGUUACAAGCAAUGGCGGCAGGAGUUUAG